AUGGCGCACAAAAAGGGGGCCGGGAGCACCAAGAACGGCCGCGACUCCAAGGGCCAGCGCCUCGGGGUCAAGAUAUAUGGCGACCAGGUCGCCAAGCCCGGGGCCAUCAUCAUCCGACAGCGCGGCACCAGGGUCCUGCCCUCCUCUUGCUCCAUUCGCUUCCCUUCCCCGUUACUGGUUUAUCCUGGAAAUAACGUUGGAAUGGGCAAGGAUCAUACACUCUUUUCUUUGAUUGAUGGACUAGUCAAGUUUGAGAAAUAUGGUCCGGACAAGAAAAAGGUAAGUGUUUACCCAUAUGAGAAAGAGCCUGAAAACCCAAACAGUUACAGAGCAAGGAAGAGAGAGUACUUCCGCAUGCGGCGUGAACGGAAGAAGGCAAGAGCGGAGGGAGCCACUGAACCUCAAUUGGUAAUAGCUGCCGUUGACGAAAACUCUGAGGUCAGCGCGGACUGCUGA